UGCGGGUGAGUUGGCAGAUGCCGUCGUCCGCUCGAUGACCGAGGAGAAUCUGGCUGCUGUGGUGGCUCUGCGGGAGAACGCUGACCGGUGGAUGCUGGAUCGCCCGCUGCCUCAUGGGUGGGACGCGCCGCUGGACGCACUGCUGACGCGACCGCAGAUCAUGAACAUCGCCGCAGGCGAAGGGUUCUUCAUUGCCGCCUCCAUCGCCGCCUCGCAUCCGACUGCCCAGUCGCUCGCCCUGGCCAUCGAAGACGCGACCCCGCCGCCGCCGCCCGUCGUUGCCGACAACAGCCUCUAUGUCGCUGGCGAUAACAUGCCCGGCACAGAGGCAGGGCGUGACGGCGACGACGAGACCGAGUGGAUGGCUACCGUGACUAAGUUCCACGCCGCCUGGUACCACUGCGAUGAGGAGGACGAUUCCGGAUGGGGCUGCGGCUUUCGGGUGGUGCAGAUGCUCGCCCAUGCAGCCUCGGGCCCGCACGCGGUCCCAUCCAUCGCCGACAUUGUGGCCGCUUGCAACGCCUCGCCGCGGGCCGAGCCAGUGGUCUGGGGCGAGUGGCUAGCCGUCGACGCCCUCGCAGGCUACCUCGGCGCCGCCCACGGCCUGCUCGAGUGCUCGAUGAUGAGCGUUGACGCCAUCGACAAGCUCGACGUCCUUGCCCUCCGCCUGCAGCACCACCUUUCCGCCCACAACACCAUGGCCGUCUUUGAGGGCACCGGACAGAUUUUCUGCGUCGCCGGCGUCCGCUCGCGCCUCGCUCGCCGCGAGGUCCUCAUCGUCGACCCGCACGGCCCGCCAUCGGCAGCCACCCGCACCGAAUCAGGCGUCCUUGUUGACUUUGCCUUCCAUGGCGGUAUCGGGUGGAUCGAGCUCCGCGAGCUCCUCCUCAACACCGCACGCGUCGAAGCCGCCUCGGCCUUUGGUGGCGACCUUCCCCCUGACAACGAGCUCCUCCGCCUCAUCGGCGGCUGGCGCGUCCUGUUCCUCUCCAAGACUCCGUAGCUCGCCGCCCGGCCGCUACUAGUCGUCGCCGUACACUGAUAGUGCGCCGCACUUGUUGAUGUACACCAUGGCAAGCACAAAGUGGAUAGCAUCAAACUCGCAUGCCAUGUUUGCAAUCCACCCGCCCUUGCGACGUUUGUACUGCACCUUGCCCACCUUGCUGCCGUCGGCAAGCGCCAAGUUGAGCACAUGCUUGGCCGAGCCCUUGGUCUCAAACUUGCCCGUCACCCGCAUCACUACUCC